AUGAAUAAGAAAAAGAAAAAUCUGUACCAGCAAACCCAAGCACUUCUGUGCAAGAAUUUGCUUUUGAAAUGGAGGAUGAAAAGGCAGACCUUCUUGGAAUGGGGUCUUCCAAUAUGCUGGGUACUGUAUAUGGGCCUAAUAUCAAGUUUCAGUAUGCAUACCUAUAUUCCUGAAAGUCCUUCUCGGGAUCUGGGAAGGUUAGAUAGAUAUAAUGAUUCGGGUUUAACUUUUGCAUACACACCAGUGUCUGAUAUAACUCAGCAGAUUAUGAAUAAGACAGCAACUGCUUCCGUUUUGAAAGGACGAAAAAUCAUUGGGGUACCAGAUGAAAAAGCCAUGGAUGCGCUCUUUCGAGAGAAUGGCAUAUUCAUGGCCGCGGUCGUCUUUAGUGACACUUUCUCAUAUAAGCUAAAGUUUUUACAGGGAUAUGCCAUUCCAUUUUUGAUAGAAGGCUUCUCAGCUAGUUGCUGGGAAGGAUAUAAUGAAAUUUCAUGUUCACAACAUACAUACUGGAAAAAAACCUUUGUGGGUUUACAAGCUGCUAUUGAUGCUGCUAUUAUAGAAAUCACAACAAAUCACUCUGUGAUGGAGGCGUUAAUGUCAGUGACUGGCAGAAACAUGAAGAUAUUACCCUUCAUUUCUAAAGACAUAUUCCAAGAUGAGACAAUUAUUCUCUACUGCUUGAUUUAUUUCUCCUCAUUUAUAUAUUUUGCAUCCCUCAGUGUUACAAAAGAAAGGAAAAAGCUUAAGGACUUGAUGAAAAUGAUGGGUCUACAAGAUUCAGCAUUCUGGCUCUCUUGGGGUUUAAUCUAUGCUGGCUUCAUCUUCAUUAUUUCCAUAUUAAUUUCAAUUGCCAUAACAUCUGCCCAAGUUAUCAUUGCAACGGACUUCAUGGUCAUAUUUACACUCUUUUUUCUCUAUGGUUUAUCUUUGAUACCCCUGGUCUUCCUGAUGUGUGUGCUGGUAAAGAGAAGCACCCUCACCAACCUGGUUGUGUUUCUCCUCACCCUCUUCUGGGCACUGGUGGGAUUGGCCGCAUUACAGAAGCAGCUUCCCGCAUCUCUGGAGUGGACUUUGAGUAUCUGUAGCCCCUUUGCCUUUACUGCUGGGUUGGCUCAGAUUAUCCGCCUGGAUUAUAAUAUAUAUGAUGUGAUUCUUCCUGACUCUGCAGGGUAUUCAUAUAUAGCAGGAACUUUUUCAAUGUUGGUUUUUGAUGGUCUUUUAUAUUUGGUACUGGCAUUGUACUUUGACAGAAUCCUACCCUAUGGAAAUGAACGUCGUUAUUCUCCAUUAUUUUUCCUGAACUCAUGGUCUUGCUUCCAAAACCAAAGAACUGGUAGUAAAUUCAUUGAGAAAGAAUUAGAUUCUGAGAAUCCCACCGAUGAUUACUUUGAACCAGUAGCUCCAGAAUUCCAAGGAAAAGAAGCCAUCAGAAUCAGAAAUCUUACAAAAGAAUAUAAAGGAAAGACUGGAAAAGUGGAUGCACUGAAAGGCUUAUUCCUUGACAUCUAUGAAGGUCAAAUCACAGCCAUUCUGGGUCACCGUGGAGCUGGCAAAUCUUCACUGCUCAACAUUCUUAAUGGACUCUCUGUCCCAACAGAAGGAUCAGUUACCAUAUAUAACAGAAAUCUCUCUGAAAUGCAAGACUUGGAGGAAAUCAGAAAGAUCAUUGGAGUUUGUCCUCAAUUCAAUGUGCAUAUUGAUAUGCUUACUGUGAAAGAAAAUCUCGGGCUAUUUGCUAAAAUAAAAGGAAUUCAGUCCCAGCAAGUGGAACAAGAGGUACAAAGGAUUGUAUCAGAAUUGGAUUUGCAAAGCAUUCAGGAUAACCUUGCGAAAAAUUUAAGUGGAGGGCAGAAAAGAAAGCUGACCUUUGGGAUUGCCAUUUUAGGAGACCCUCAGGUUUUGCUAUUAGAUGAACCAACUGCUGGGUUAGAUCCUUUUUCAAGGUACCAAGUGUGGAACUUCCUGAAAGAGCGGAAGUCAGAUCACGUGAUCCUCCUGAGCACCAAUUUCCCCGAUGAGGCUGACAUCCUGGCUGACAGGAAAGUGAUCAUGUCCAAUGGGAGACUGAGAUGUGCAGGCUCUUCUUUCUUUCUGAAGAAAAAAUGGGGUCUUGGAUAUCACCUAAGUUUGUACAAAAAUGAAGCAUGUGACCCAGAAAAAAUAACAUCCUUGGUUAAUCAUCACAUCCCAGAUGCUAAGUUAAGAAUGGAAAGGAAAGAGAAGCUGGUGUAUGCACUGCCUUUGAAAAGGACAGAUGUGUUUCCAGACCUUUUCAAAGAUCUUGAGAUGUGUUUUGGUCAAGAGGUGGUGAAUUAUGACGUUUCUAUGUCAGCUCUCGAUGAAGUCUUGAUGAAAGUAGAAGGAAAAUCAAGCAUCAACCAAGAGGUUGAGCCAGAAGAUGUGCAAAGAGACUCGGGAAGGUUGGAGGAAGUGGACACGCCUUGCCCUUCACUCCCUGAAAUGCACAAGGCUGUGAGUGGCCUGGCUCUUUGGAGACAACAGGUCUGGACGAUAGCCCGGCUCCGACUCUUAAAGCUGAAACAUGGAAAGAGAGAACUGUUGACCCUACUUCUGGUGUUUGCGAUUGCAUUAUUCCCUUUGUUGAUGGAAGAUCUGCUUAAUGCCAUUGUAAAUAGAAAAAGUGAGUUGGAAUUUAAACCCGAGCUGUAUUUCCUCUCUCCUGGACAACUCCCCAAGGAGCCUCAUACCAGCCUAUUAAUCAUCAAUAACACAGGAUCAGAUAUUGAGGAUUUCAUACAUUCCUUGAAACAUCAAAAUAUAGUGCUCGAAGUCGAUGAUUUUGAAAACAGAAAUGGCACUGAAGACGUCUCCUACAAUGGAGCUAUCAUUGUCUCUGGCAAACAGAAGGAUUAUAGAUUUUCCGUUGUGUGCAACAUCAAAAGACUUCACUGCUUUCCUCUGCUUAUGAAUAUUGUCAGCAAUGGGCUUCUUGGAAUGUUUAAUGUUACAAAACACAUCCGAGUCAGAAGAGACUCAACGAUUGAUAGGUUUAUGAACCUGUGGACAGAACUUCCCGAUGGCUCGAUUUUCUUGUUUUUUAUUGUCUGCACCAUUUCUCCACAUAUUGCCAGGAGCAGCGUCAGUGACUACAAAAAUAAGGCUCAAGGUCUGCUGUGGAUGUCAGGUCUUUACCCUUCUGCUUACUGGCUUGGUCAGGCACUGGUGGAUAUUAAUCUCUACAUUGUUAUUCUCUUUUUGAUGUACUUAUAUUUAUUCCUAAAAAAAAAAGCAUACCUUUUUAUUCCAAUUCGAACUACAUUUGCUCUGGCUGCCACUUCACUUGGUUCUGCUGCUUCUCUCGUCAUCUUUACAUAUGUGAUUACAUUUAUUUUUCACAAGAAGAGAAAAAAUAGCUUUUGGUCCUUUUUCUUUUUUUUGAGACACUAUGAGCACUAUGGAACAUCUGAAGAUGAGAAUUAUGACAUGACUGGAGUUGAUGCUUUUGUGUGCUUAAUACCUUACUUUCAGGCUAUGGUUUUCCUGUUUAUUCUAAAAUUCCUGGAAAGCAAGUACGGAAAGAGAACAAUGCAAAAGGACCCCAUUUUCAGAAUUCACCCCCAAAGGACAGUUGGUCAUCCCAGUCUAGAGGAAGUGGUAGAUGAAAAUGAAGAUGAAGAUGUUCAAGCGGAAAGAUUAAGAACAACCACCAUUCUGACCACUUCAAACACUGACGAGAGACCUGUCAUUAUUGCCAACUGUCUACACAAAGAAUAUGUCAGCAAGAUGAAGUGUUGCUUUUCCAAGAAAAAGAAAGUCGCUGCAAGGAAUAUCUCUUUCUGUGUCAAAAAAGGUGAAAUUUUGGGAUUGCUGGGACCUAAUGGUGCUGGUAAAAGUUCUACUAUUAGAGUGAUAGCUGGGAUCACAAAGCCAACCGCAGGAAGGGUGGAGCUGAAAGGAUCUAAUUCCAUCUGGGACCAGCAGGAAGACAGCACAGUCAAGUUCCUGGGGUAUUGCCCUCAAGAGGACGCUCUGUGGCCCAACCUGACAGUGAGGGAGCAUCUGGAGAUAUACACCUCCGUGAAGGGGCUCAGGAGAGGAGAUGCAGAGGCUGCCAUCUCUCGAUUGGUGGUUGCUUUCAACCUGCAGGCUCUGGUGAAGGUUCCAGUGCAGAAGCUGACAGCAGGGACCAGGCGAAUGCUCUGUUUCAUCCUGAGUGUCCUGGGAAGCCCAGCUGUGCUACUUCUGGACGAACCAGCUUCAGGCCUGGACCCCGCUUCUCAGCGACGCAUGUGGCAGACGGUCCAAGCAGCUGUUAAGAACACCAACGGAGGAGCCCUGAUUAUUACCCACCACCUGGCUGAGGCCGAGGCCCUGUGUGACCGUGUGGCCAUCAUGGUGUCUGGGAGGCUCAGAUACAUCGGUCCCAUCGGACACCUGAAAAGAAAGUUCGGCAAGGAUUACCUUCUCCAGCUCCAAGUGAAGGAGCCUUCUCAAGUGACUCUUGUGCACGCAGAGAUCCUGAAGCUUUUUCCACAAGCGAUGCGGCAGGAAAGGUAUACCUCCCGUUUGGCCUACAAACUGCCCCUUGAGGAUGUCCACCCUCUGUCUCAGGCCUUUCACAGAUUAGAGGGAGUGAAGCGGAACUUUAACCUGGAAGAAUACAGCCUCUCUCAGUGCACAUUGGAACAGAUCUUCUUAGAGCUUUCUAAAGAACAAGAACGAGAAGACGUGGAAGAAGUUGAUACAACCAUGAGAUGGAAGCUACUUUCUCAGUCAGACAACCCUUAA